AUGUCGACCCCUGCUAUUCAAGGCCUCUCGUCCAUGGGCUCGUCCGUCGGGGCCUACUCCAGACAGCAGCUUGCUACGUUGAGAAACAGAUUCUUGACCACAGAGAAGCGCAGAAGAAGGGCACAGAUUCUACAGACCUCCUUUGCCGUCCACAGGCCGGUCUGGAUUGCCGCAGGGGGCGCUGCUUACACGACGAUGGGCGCGGUUUAUUUAACACUACGGUACAUGCGUCACUUGAAGUGA